AUCCUCUCUUUAAUUUCCACUGAUCACUUUCUACCCGGUACUUACAUCUCUGCCGGCGGCUCAGUAAACAAAAUCUGUCAGAAAAGAUAACGAAUUUCGACCAAUUUCCCACUUUACCCUCCACCCAACCCUUUCCACCACACCCAAAACAACAACAAUGAUCACCGGCCAUGACUUCUACACGGUCAUGUCCGCCAUGGUCCCGUUAUACGUCGCCAUGAUCCUCGCCUACGGCAGCGUACGCUGGUGGAAAAUCUUCACUCCCGACCAAUGCUCCGGAAUAAACCGUUUCGUCGCCAUUUUCGCCGUUCCAUUACUCUCAUUCCACUUCAUCUCCAUGAACAACCCGUACGAGAUGAACUUCCGCUUCAUCGCUGCAGACACUCUCCAAAAGAUUAUAAUGCUUGUCGCCCUAACUCUGUGGGCAAACGUUGCCCGUAAUGGUAGUCUAGAGUGGGCGAUUACCAUCUUUUCCUUGUCCACUUUGCCCAAUACUCUUGUGAUGGGGAUUCCUCUGUUGAUUGCUAUGUACGGAGAAUACUCUGGGUCUCUAAUGGUGCAGGUUGUUGUGUUGCAGUGUAUAAUAUGGUACACUUUGUUAUUGUUUUUGUUUGAAUAUAGGGGUGCAAAGAUGCUUAUUAUGGAGCAGUUUCCUGAAACUGCUGCGGAUAUUGUGUCGUUUAAAGUUGAGUCUGAUGUCGUUUCGCUUGACGGACAUGAUUUUUUGGAGACGGAUGCUGAGAUUGGGGAUGAUGGGAAGUUGCACGUGACUGUGAGAAAGAGUAAUGUUUCUAGACGGUCGUUAGGGUUGGGUUCGGUUACGGGUAUGACUCCUCGCCCGUCGAAUCUCACUGGCGCCGAGAUUUAUAGUUUGAGUUCGUCUCGAAACCCGACUCCGAGAGGAUCGAAUUUUAAUCACUCGGAUUUUUAUUCGAUGAUGGGGUUUCCGGGUGGGCGUUUGUCGAACUUUGGACCCGCGGAUGCGACCCCGAGGCCGUCGAAUUUUGAAGAGAGUACGGCCCCCGGGCCGCUCAAUAUGAAUUCGCCUAAGUUCGGGUUUUAUCCGGCUCCGAAUCCGGAUAUUACUUCGAAUGGUGUGAAGUUGGUUAAAAGUCAACAAUCAGAAAGUCAAAAACAAUCACAAGCACAACAAAAUGGUGGGGUUAAUAAAGCUAGUCAUGACGCUAAGGAGCUCCAUAUGUUUGUAUGGAGCUCCAGUGCGUCGCCUGUAUCCGAGGGCGGGCUACAUGUUUUUGGAGGUGGUGCGGAGCAUUCAGAUCGGCCUGACCCGAAUGACGCUAAGGAGAUUAGGAUGAUGGUGUCCGAUCAUCAAAAUGAAAUGGGAAGAGAAGAUUUUGGAUAUGGUGAAGAAGAGAAGGGGAAAGAGGGGCAAAUUGGUCUAAAUAAAUUGGGUUCAAGUUCUACGGCGGAGCUCCACCCGAAAGGUGUUCCGGUUGACGAUGGUGGUGUCGGAAAACAGAUGCCUCCGGCGAGUGUGAUGACCCGGUUGAUACUGAUUAUGGUUUGGAGGAAACUGAUCCGGAACCCGAACACGUAUUCGAGUCUCAUUGGUCUCAUAUGGUCCCUCGUGGCGUUCAGGUGGGAUUUAGCGAUGCCAAAAAUAAUAGAAAAGUCUAUCUCAAUACUGUCGGAUGCUGGUCUUGGAAUGGCUAUGUUUAGUCUAGGUCUGUUUAUGGCACUACAACCGAAGAUAAUUGCAUGUGGAAAUUCAGUGGCUUCAUUUGCAAUGGCGGUUCGGUUUCUUACUGGACCGGCAGUAAUGGCAGCGGCUAGUAUAGCCGUCGGUCUACGUGGCACUCUCUUGCAUGUCGCUAUCGUACAGGCCGCAUUGCCUCAAGGAAUCGUACCAUUUGUUUUUGCAAAGGAAUACAAUGUUCAUCCUGCGAUUCUUAGUACUGCGGUUAUUUUCGGAAUGUUGAUCGCGCUACCCAUUACUCUAGUAUACUACAUAAUUCUUGGGUUGUGAAGAUUGAGAAAGGAAGAUAUGUUUUUUAAGGUUAAAAGAGUUGUCCAAGACAAUUGGAAUAUGGAAUUUUUGACUUGAUUUAAAUCCUGCUCCCUUAAUGUAAGGAUCAUGCUCCCUCCAUCUCCCAAUGUUUGUAUCUUUUAAUAUGUUGAUUUUCAAGAAAAUGAGGAAAACAAUGAAAAGAAGAUGGCUUGAAGAGGGAUGGCAAAAAUGAGGAGAAAUGGGAAGAUUAUAUCUUUUUUUGUUUCUCUUGUAAGGAAGAAGAAGCAUGUUAGUGAUAUAUUAGUGAAAAGAUUAGGAUUUGAUGGGAACACAUAUUAUGGUUUUUAAUCGAUUUUUUCGGUUCUUGUUUCAUCUAUAUACUAGUGUUGUUUGUUUAUUGCAUAUGCA